AGCAAUUCUGCAAUCUGUCACCCUCUAGAGUUUACAGAUUGCCUUGUAGUUUGCUGAGCAAUAUAUGUUAGCAGCCAGUUUGUGCUCAAAAAGCAUCUGCAAGGAAAAGAGGAGACCCCAUUUUUGUCUUGCUUCCGGCGACACAAACUGCACAUUUUGUAUUUUUCUCUCUCUCCAGCUGGAGCUCGCAGAGGAGAAAAAUUCAUGUUUGUCAGGGUGGGCUUAUUGGUUUCUGGAGAGAUGCUGUGGCAGAGCAAGGCUCCGAUAGCCCUGGCAGCCUGCUGCACAGAAGCCAGAAGCAGAGCGCUUGUUACAUGCCCAAGAAGAGCAGGAAGCCUACAGGUACAGUGCCAGGAACCUGAGGGUGGGCAGAGGAGGGUGGCGUUGGCCUCUGCUCUGCCAGCCUCCUUUCAGAUGGCUGCAACAAGCUGAGGGAGCGGAUGCUGCCUGGCGGGGAGACACCUGCCUGUGUUGAGGAGCUGCAGAGAACUGUGUGCAUCCCGGGUGCUCAGCGAAAAGAGAGUGGGAGAGAGGAGGAGGAGGAGGAGGGAGAGGAAGAAGGGCAGGAGGAAGAGGACACUGGAGAAUUUCACAUUCCUGCCCCUUUGUUCCUCGCUGGCUGCAAUGAUCACCUAGCUUUGGCAUUUGGUCCUCCGAGCCCUGACACCUUUUCUCGUUUCCUGGGACAAACUCGGCUCUCUUCCGGGUCCCGUCUCCUCGAUGGAAGGAGUCUUUGGCAGCUCCAACUCCAGCGCGAUCGGUGAGCGCUCUCUGCCAGGGGGCAGCGCCUGGGUGGCUGCCUUCCUCUGCUUCAUCAUCCUCUUGACCAUGCUGGGCAAUUUCUCCCUCAUCCUUCUGAUUUUCACCCAGCGGUCGUUGAGGAACACCUCCAACUACUUCCUCGUCUCCCUCUUCAUGUCCGACCUGAUGGUGGGCUCGGUGGUCAUGCCCCCGGCUAUGCUGAACCAGCUCUAUGGCCGCUGGCUGCUGGACGCCGUCUUCUGCUCCAUCUGGUUCUCCUUCGACGUGAUGUGCACCAGCGCCUCCAUUCUCAACCUGUGCGCCAUCAGCCUGGACCGCUACCUGCUCAUCAUCUCGCCGCUGAAGUACAAGCUCCGGAUGACGUCCUGCAGGGCGCUCCUGCUCAUCUCGGCCACCUGGACCCUGGCUGCUCUGGUGUCCUUCCUGCCCAUCAAAAUGGGCUGGCACAAGAUGGAAUUUGAUGCCCGGCCGCUCAACACCACCUCCCACCCGCAAGAGGACCAGUGCCGGCUCCUGGUCAGCUUGCCCUAUGCCCUCAUCGCCUCGGGCCUCACCUUCUUUCUGCCGUCCAUCGCCAUUCUAUCCACCUAUUGCCGCAUCCUCCUGGCUGCCAGGAAGCAGGCGCUGCAGGUGGCCUCCUUGACCAGCAAUGUGGCCGUGGAACCUGAUGAGCCAACCCAGCAGGUCCACAGAGCUCACAGCCAAUCGACUGCCACAAAUGACAACCGGAAAUUUGCAAGCAAGCACAGCAAAAGGGCCCUGAAGGCCAGCCUGACCUUGGGCAUCCUGCUGGGCAUGUUUUUCGUGGCGUGGCUCCCCUUCUUUGUUUGCAACAUGGCCCAGGCAGUCUGUAAUUGUAUCUCGGAGGACUUUUUCGAUAUCCUCACUUGGCUGGGCUACUGUAACAGCACCAUGAACCCCAUCAUCUACCCUCUCUUCAUGCGGGAUUUUAAGAGAGCCAUGGCCAAGUACCUGCCCUGCUGCCGGCGCUCUUGGGAACGCAGGCCCAGCCCCAUCUCGCUCUCCAUGAGGAACUCCAACAGCGGCCCCCGGCCGGGCGUGUCUCUCAAGAACGUCCUGACCUUGCAGGCAGACACGGACUCCGCUGACUCCAUCACCCAAGUCCACGAACACAACAGCCACCGCUUGGGGUCCCUGCCGGCCACGGGAGCCGACUCGGUGAACCUUUUCGACUCGGAGCACACCGAUCCCGAGCUCCACGUCAACCAGCUGCACACUCCUAUGGACUGAGAGCGGAGCCUACUGACACCUCUUUGUGGUGGCCGACUCUGGUGUGCUAUGGGCUGAAUGAGGGUUGAGCAUAAGCCUGUGGAGCUAAUGAGCAGGAACUAUGUGGACCCUGCUGGAGGAGGAGGAGGAGGCCAGGAAUGCACACAGGGCAUGCUUGCACCCGAGGGUCUCCCCGUUAUGGGGAGGGGGGGAGUACAUCACACACUCAGCACCUUCCUCCUGCUGCACAAGCCAAGCCCAGGGCCAUUUGGCUUUUGCGUUUGAAAAUUAAGAGGAGGGCUCAGGAGGCUGGUAAACUGACCCGCUCCCUGGUUGGAAGAGACCUUCUCUUCCUACACUGAUCACCACCACGUGAGUUCACAACACUGACACUGCCAUAUUUUUAAUACUGUUACUUAUGGAAUUUUCUUGGCUCCCCACAUUGUUUUUUUCCCUCUGUCCAAUUUCUCCCGUUUGUAAUUGUUUUUUUUGGCGGGGGUGGGGAGAAACACCUACGCCCUGGCGAAGAUCUGCUUUAACUUGGUCAGCAUUGCUGUGUGGGAUCCUCGGGGGACUCAUCUCCCUCCCUCCACUCCAGUAGAUUCAUUUGGGGCUCAAACACACUCAAGAUGCUGUAAUCAGAUGCUGAUAUUUUAAUAAUUAAGGCAGCUGCAGUGAUGGUGGUGGUGGGGGGGAGAAGCUAAAGGCAAUCACAGAGAUGCCGAACUCUCUUUGUCCCAACUCUACUGUGAGCCUAGAAGAUGGGCUGAGAAGAGGGUGCCGGCAUGUUUCUCAUCUAGCCCAUGUUCCCUUCUGUUUGUGGCACGUUUCCAAUGCGUCCUCAUGCCCCUCCGUUGCCUCCGGAUACAAAUGAUGGAGACCACACUGGGUGAAGAUGCCAUUCUGACUUUGACCGAGGCAGGCUUUCGGUCCACCCAGUUCAGAUGGGCAGCAGAUCUCCAGAGCGUUGGGCAGAGGAAGGUCUUCCCCCACGCCCACGGCCUGAAAUCCUUUCGCUGGAGAUGCAGCCGGGGAAUGAACUGGGGCCUUUCUUCGUGUCUUGCUGGAGCCAGACAUGCUGCUCAGCCACAGGUGCCCUAAUGGGUUUUAAGAACCUGUGGUCUUGUUAUGUGGGCCAACCUGGCAGAAGGAAAAAGUUCUCCCAGCUUUGCACUAAUUUGUUAUCUCAUCCUUCCUCCAAACCGCUGAGUGUGACAACAGCCCCAUGAGGUAGGUUAGGACAGAUUUUGCUAUUCAUGCAGAAAGACCCGGUGCUGAUUCUCCCGACCCCGGAAAACCUGUUUGGUCUUCCCUGAAGUUUUACCAGGAAUUGCUUCCACAAUACUAAUUUUUAAAAUGGAAGAUGGAAUUCUCAGGAAAUGCAUUUCUGUACUCGUCGGUAUCCACAACCCUCUGAAUUCUGACCACCUGGGGGUAACUACAGUAUUCACGCAGCCCUGCCUAAGAACGUUCAGCACCUUUCAGGGCUUGGGGUGGGGGAGGAUUUCAAUCCAGGUCUCCCACCUCCAAGAACUGCCAUGUACACAGGCCAUCCUGUGAAUCAGCAAAUGCUCUGACUCUUGGUUUGUGACAACUUCAGAAAAUUAAGAUUUGGGUUAUUCUAUGUAGGGCAACCAUGUUCCUUUGCAGGGAUGCUGUAAAACUUGGAUGGCUCUUGUGUACAUUUAAGCAAACAGGGAUGAGGGGGAUGUGUGAUUGUGUGUGGAGGAACCACAACAGGCCAAAUUCUCAGGUGCCUCAAGAAUUAGUAUGCGCAGGGGGGGAUUCGCAGAAAACAGGAAGGGGGGAGACAUUUGGCCACGAACCACAGAGGGAAGAGAGACGAGAGUCUAGCAGCAGUGCAGAAGGAAUUGAGGAGAGCUUGCUUUGAGCUGCAAAGAUGAAUCUAUUUGUCCUCCCUUCACUUCCUGGAGCACAAGCUGGUCUAGAUUGCUGGCAAUUUCCCCCUUUCUGCUUCGCAUAAACAGGCAACAUUUAAAGCCAAAGCCACAGACAACAAAUUCUGAUUGCUUUAUUUCCCAACAGGCAGCCACACCUGGUUCUUGCAUAGGCUCAUAAUUCCUGAUAUUUCACAGUUCCUUACA